AGGCGGGCGGCGGCGGGCGGGGAAAUGGGGGAGCGGCGGGGGGCGGCGGUGCGGGCGGCCGCCAUGGUGCUCGGGGCGGGCGCCUGCUACUGCCUGUGGCGGCUGGCGGCGAGCGGCCGGCGGGGCCCAAGGGCUGCGGCCGCCCCGGGCCCGCCCUCAGACAACAGUACUCCAGUGUCAACCCAUGCCAUGGAUGCGGAUGCUCUACAGAAACUUAUUCAUUUGCUCCAGGUCACAGAUGAUCCAUUAAUUCAAGAGCAAGCUUUAAUCACUCUCAGCAACAGUGCUGCCUUCUCUGUAAAUCAAGAUAUAAUUCGAAAUUUGGAUGGCCUUUCCGUUAUUGGAGGGAUGCUCUCAGAUUGCAUUCCCAAAGUCAAAGAAAAAGCACUAAAUGCACUUAAUAAUUUGAGUAUGAAUAUUAAAAAUCAGGAAGAGAUACAGGUAUAUAUUACACAAGUUUGUGGGAGUGUUGAGUCAGCUCCCCUGAACUCUGAUCUGCAGGUGGCUGGACUCAGAUUGCUGACAAAUGUGUCUGUUACCAGUGACUACCACCAUAAGAUGAUAAACUCCAUUCCAUGCUUUCUUCAUUUGCUUUCAGAAGGAACUGAAAGAACACAGAUUCAAGUUUUGAAAGUACUUGUGAACUUAUCUGCAAACCCAGCCAUGACAAGACAUCUUCUUAGAGCUCAAGUGCCGUCACUGCUGUUACUUUUUGACACCUCUAUAAACAGAGAUAUUCUGCUUAGAGCCCUGGUGUUUGCUGCAAACUUGAAAAAGAACAUGAAAAUUGAAGAUAGCGCUGGGAUUCAGGACCAAUACAGCGAGGAUUCCGUUUUCUUUACACUGUGCAGGGGCUCUGCCCCCUUUGCUCAGAAACUGGCAUCUUUAUUGCAUCAUCCGGAUACAGAAGUGAAAGAGCAAGUUGUGAGAAUAUUAACACAAUAGUGAUUUUUUUUAAAAAAGACUGACCUGAUGAAAAUAUCAAAUCUUAAGAAUGCUGUGCUAAAAAAACCCCAACAAACAAACAAAUUACUGAAUACCACCAUAUUACUAGGUACAAAUCAGUUGCUACAAAAGAGAAUGCAAUGUCUUUAAUAUAGAGGGAAUAACAGAUUUCUUUUAUAAGCAAGAUAAAAGCAAUAGUGUAAUUAUUAUUGAGAUGCCACUGUACAGCUUGUAAAUGUACACAGAGGGGGAGGAAUAGUUUAAGACAUGAAAACUUCCAUACGUGCACAAACAUUUUAAAUGGACGAGUAAACUCAAUCAAAACAUUGUCAAUGCCAAAGAAUUUUUGUUGUCCUAAAUAUUUACAGCUGUUGAAUAAAUACCUCUGUAGAAUGGUGCAUUAAAGAUUUAGGAAUUAAAGAUAGGUAUUUAUAUUUUAUUAAUCUGAUAUUUACUAAAUGGGUGCACCCAAACCUUAGAAAAUAUUAAAUAAGAACAAUAAACUGUCCUUGGCUUCCUACAAAAUUAGUGUGUUCAAUGAAAGCUGUGUACUAAAGUUACCCAGCCUAUGUUUUUUCACCAUACCUGCACAGAAUAUUUUCUAAAACCACAUUAUCAAAUACUUAGUCUAUCCAUUCCAUUUAGCCAAACUGCAGUGCAGUUAACCAGAGUCAUGCAAGGUUUCCACAUCUUGCUCUAAAAUUGUCACUUUAAGGAAAGCAUACAUAUUUUUCAAAAUAUUUUAUUAUGAGUCAAGUAUUAUCUACAGUUGCAAUUCAACACUCUCAGUGUUAUUAAAGAAGUCUAGGAGAGCAGUAUCAUACACAUCUUUACAAAAGCUUCCUGUAGCAGCCCUCGAGCCGCUUUCCCUGGAGACCCUCACUCCUUUUUCUCUCCAACUGGAACGUCAUCAGAGUAAAUGCUUCUGUUGAGUUAGCCCCCAUAAAGUUUUAGUCAUCCAAGCAGCAUUAAUUCAAAAUGAAGUGAAAUACAUAUGAACAUCAUUGUAAAAGAACCCGAAGGAAGUUUUACUGAUGAACGUAAAACAUAGUAGAAAGCCCUCCAUACUAAAAUGAUACUAAAACUUCCUGACCACUGCAUCAUAAAGUGUGAGAUGUAAAGGCUAGAAAACAAGUUUUUCACUUUACAUUUUAAAGAGACCUGUAUUACCUGUUACCAGAUACUUCAUCCUUCUAAGUUAAUAUACCCACUCUGUUCUUAAUAAAAUACUACUCUCUCCUCUUU